GGUGAGAUACUAAGGGAAACAUGUCUUAGGGUUGGUAUCUCUCUAAGGUCAAUACAUGUUUUCCUAAAGGGCAUUAGGCCUUCUCAACCAUUUAUCCUUUCGGAAUCAACGGGAGAUAUUUCCAAAAGCUAAUACACAGAAUGAUAUUACAUCAUCAAGUGUCGUAUUAACCAAUGGAAACAACCUAAUGGGAACCGAUCUUACUCCUCAAAGCGGGAAGAAUUGCUCUUCCAAGCCAAAUUUGGGCGCAAAGAGGAAAGUGCAGGGCUGGUGCAGGGCCUGUGCAGGGACGCAGGCUGAUGCAGGGUCGCGUGCUCGGUGCAGCAAGCAAGGUCAACGGCGCAGGGCAAAGGGGAUCUGGGCGCGGGCUCGGUGCAGGCGCAGGGACAAGGCGCAGCAGAGGGUGCAGGGCAGGGGGCAGGGAAGCAGGCUGGUGCAGGCGCGCAGGGCAGGAGAUCUUUCCCCUUUUCUGUUUUUCUGCUCUGCAGCCCUCUUCCUUCUUCUUGGCAUGUUGCCGGUUUUGGAAGAGAGAGAGGGCUAAGGUUGGUUUUUGAAGAUUCCGUCCGUCCUCCCUUCUUUUUUUUUGGUUAAUGGGUUUGGGUAGUGGGCUUGUUUUUUUUUUUUAUGGUUUUUUUGGGUUUGGGUUUGAGUUAAAGGGGUAUUGGGAUUUUGGGCUUGGGUUUGAUGGGUUUUGGGUUUGGGUUUGUAAAUUCAUUUUGAUGAACUUCACCCCUCCAACUUUUAAUUUCUUCAAUUGAGUCCCUUCUUUCUUCUUCUAGAAUUUUCCAAGUUCUUUUUGCAUGUAGCACCUGAAACAAAAUAAAGAUAUAUUAGUCAA